GGGUUUGCACCUGACUGGACACCUUCCUGCUCAGUGCAGACAGCGCAUCCCUGGGAGCCCUCUCUUUCUGAACAGCCAUGCCCGUGACAAAGAGUGCCGGGGGUCCCCAGGGAACUGUUGACCUCCAGCUGGACCUCAGGUCCCCUCCUGAAAGUGCCAGGAAGCUGCAGAACAAAGACUCCGGUUUCUUGGAUGGAAGCCCUUCCAAGUCGCCAGCCUCGGAGGUGACCAAGGGCAUAACAACAUUCCAGACCUUGGUUCACCUGCUGAAAAGUAACAUAGGCACAGGGAUCCUGGGACUACCCCUGGCUAUGAAGAAUGCGGGCAUCCUGAUGGGCCCGCUCAGCUUGCUGGCCAUGGGCAUCAUCUCCUGCCACUGCAUGCACAUCCUGGUCAGGUGUGCCCAGCACUUCUGCCGCAGGCUUAACAAGCCCUUUAUGGACUAUGGGGAUACAGUGAUGCAUGGACUAGAAGCUAUCCCCAACGCCUGGCUCCGGAACCACGGACACUGGGGAAGGCAUUUUGUGAGCUUCUUUCUUAUAGUCACCCAGAUGGGCUUCUGCUGCGUGUACAUUGUGUUUCUGGCUGAUAAUUUAAAACAGGUAGUGGAAGCAGUUAAUAGCACCACCACCAACUGCCACUACAACGAGACGGUGGUCCUGACGCCCACCAUGGACUCUCGACUCUACAUGGUCUCCUUCCUGCCCUUCCUGGUGCUGAUAGUCCUGAUCCGGAACCUCCGGGUUCUGACCAUCUUCUCCCUGCUGGCCAACAUCACCAUGCUGGUCAGCCUGGUCAUCAUCGCCCAGUACAUUGUCCAGGGAAUUCCAGACCCCAGCCACUUGCCACUGGUAGCAAAUUGGAAGACCUACUCGCUCUUCUUUGGAACAGCUGUUUUUUCAUUUGAAAGCAUUGGUGUGGUUCUGCCCCUGGAAAACAAGAUGAAGGAUGCCCGCCGCUUCCCACUCAUCCUGUCUUUGGGAAUGUCCAUCGUUACUGCCCUCUACAUCAGCAUCGGGACUCUGGGCUACCUGCGGUUCGGAAAUGGCAUCAAGGCCAGCAUAACCCUUAACCUGCCCAACUGCUGGCUGUACCAGUCAGUCAAGAUCCUCUACAUCAGUGGCAUCCUGUGCACCUACGCCCUGCAGUUCUACGUCCCUGCAGAAAUCAUCAUUCCUUUCACCACCUCCCAGGUGGCAAAGCGCUGGGCACUGCCUCUGGACUUGUGCAUCCGCCUCGCCAUGGUCAGCGUGACAUGCGUCUUAGCCAUCCUCAUCCCCCGCCUGGACCUGGUCCUCUCUCUGGUGGGCUCCCUGAGCAGCAGUGCCCUGGCCCUCAUCAUCCCGCCCCUCCUGGAGAUCGCCACCUUCUACUCGGAGGGCAUGAGCCCCGUCACCAUCAUCAAGGACGCCCUGAUCAGCAUCCUGGGCUUCGUGGGCUUUGUGAUGGGGACCUACCAGGCCCUGAACGAGCUGAUCCGGUCAGAAGACCCUCUCACCUUUUCCAACUCCACCACUUUUAUUCAGUGAAAAUGGCGCUGCUUCUUCCCCACCAGCACCUGACAUUUAAUGAUAUAAAUCUCUUUUAUAGGCAUUAUCUAUAUUUUGCUGCUUUACCUUUCUCUGGGUCAAGUCACAGUGAAACAAGCACGGACUCACCAGCUACAAGGUCUAGACUUAAAUUUUUUUAAUUUAUUUUCUUUCCGUUUCUAGCUUUCCACUACACUGAGAGCUCUCCCACGGAAGGCUCUUGAUUCCAUCCAGCUUUUUGGCAAUUCAUGUGAUGAAUUUCACACCUUGAGUGGGGCUAUGCAAGAGGAAGCCACGAGGGGGCAUCCAAGAGGCAACAACUGACAGAAGGAGGUGCAGCCAGCUAAAGCUGAUGGUGAUUUGGUAGACAAAGGAUGUCCUCUUUUCCCCAUCUGUUUAGAGAGCAAAGAUUAGGAGAAGGGACAUAAUCUAGAACCCAGCAAGGUGUGCACAGCUCCAGUAUCCAGAUGGAUAGGAUCCAGAGGGCCAACGUGAGCUGCAAAUCUCAGGCAGAAAGGAGCCGUCAUAUUUAAACUUUCUAAACAACUGGAUAAAGUUCUGGCCCAGUUCAGAGGUCUCAACAAAGGAUAGUCAUCACAGAAGUGGAUGUGCCAAUGGCGGGGGGAUGGACAAUGACAAUAUUUCAUUAUUUACCUCUUGACUCUUUUUUUUUUAACCUCUUGAUUCUCACAACAAGCCUUCUUGCUUACCCACCUCACACCAAGCAUAGUCCAAAGUUCUUGUAAUAGUUUGCAAAAAUGGCCACAAAUUCCUCUUGACAAUGUGACGUUGCAGCUCCUCCCAUCAAGAAGUGAAAUCUAUAUCUCUACCCCUUGAAUCUUGUCUUGGCCUUGUAACUUGCUUUGGCCAAUGGGACAUUAGUAAAUGUGAUGCAAGGUUUGGUGAUGGCUAAUGCAUAGGAACUUUCAUCAUGUUGCUCUGUGGAGCCAAGAGCACCAGGUGAAGAAGCCAGGGCUAGUCUACUGGAGGAUGAGAUCAUGGGGAGCGGAAAUGAAUCAUUCCACUUGAGCUCCAUCUCCCAGAACAGCCAGCCUGCCGACCUCCAGACAUGUGAGUGAAGCAUCCUAGACUAUAUACAGCCCCAGUCAAGCUGUCCCAGACUAUAAGUAUUCCUCAGAUGAUCCGCAGAAUUAUGACAAACAAUAAAUGUUUUUAGUUUUAAGCCAUAAGAUGCAGACGUUUUUAUGCAACAAAAGCUAACUGAUACAUUACUCUAAAGGGGAUACACUAAUGAGUGAGAAAAGAAUCUCCAUCCUCAAGCUAGUCUCUUCUCCAGUGGGGAAUAAUGACAGCUCAUCAGCUAAGUCAGUACCAUCAUAGAUCCUUAUCAGGGCAGGAGACACUAAUUGCUUUGGAGUACUGAGGAUGACUUUCCACUGAUGGCACAUUAGAGCUGGAUUUUGAGGAGAACUUGGGUCUCCCAACACUGAAUCUGACCGUUCUUCCACUUAGUCCUACCGCCUUGACAAUCCCGUGUCUUUUGUCAUGUCUGACCUUGGCUGGCAGCCAGGAGCCCGUCAACCCAACACAGCACUUCAGCCUUCUUGGUGGUGACUGCUCCCUCCCUCCGCACUAAAAUUGGGGAAAGGCAUAUAGAUAAAUGAGAUGUUGUAGGCAGAUCUAUAGUUCAGUGGGGGGUAGGGAUGUUUCUCGUUACACUCUGUGGUUUUGGAAAGUGACCCAUGCUUGUUUCAGCCUUGGUUUUAAGACAACAUUUUAAAAAGCCCUUUCCUGCGUAUUUUAUCCAUCUUCCUCCCUUUGCAGCCUAGGGAAGAUGUGGAGGGGUGAGGGGAGUGUCUGCCCCAAUUCCCAAGUCCUGGUCUCCUCUUUUGUGUGUCACUUUCUGCCUGCUGGCUUCCAAAAGGUACUUCAUGAACACAAGCUCCACACCCAGAUCCCACAGUCUGCAGAAUACCUGCUGGGAGAUGGGAUGCUCAUAGCCUGUGCAGUGGUCCACAGCCCACCUGGCCAGAGAGCUGGGUCAUCAUUUCUACAUCAGAAAUGUGGAACACCCAAAGGACUUCCACUGAUUGGUUCAGAGCCUUGGCAAAGUGGUCUUCCUCUCUCUGAGCUUGUCUCCUCCACCCUGCUCAAGUAUCAACCCACCCAACCUUGCUAAGUUUAAGAUUUUCUCUGUUAUUAAAAAAUGGUCACGUUCAUUCUCCAAGGACAAGCUCCUACUAUGUAAGAUGAUCAGGUUAAUCUU